AUGGAUGUUUGCGAUUUUGUUGGCGGUGUGAAAGUGGAGGAUAAUGCGGUGAUUGUGAAACUCCGGAGUUUGAAAUGCGUUGCGAAGGUUUUUCGUGUUGUUGAGUUUUGCUUUGUGGUUCUUUUGUUGUUGUGGAUUUCUACUCGUUUGCCUUUUGCGAUGAGGAUUUCCGGCGAGUAUUUUCGUCAAAUUGUCGGUUUAAUACUUAGUCCUGUUUUCAUUUUCAUCCUAUGCAACUUCAUUGUCCUCAUUCUCCUCUUGAAGUCCGGCCUCCACUCCGGAGACUCUUCGAUUUUCCGGAAUGUCGCCGGAGCUGAAGUUCUCUAUGACUCGUUUCUCAAAAACACCGAGUUUUCAGCUGAUUUCUCGUCCGGAAACUCUUCUCUGGUUCCGGAAAUUGAAGCUCGAGAUAUUGUGUAUGAAGACAAACAGACGAUUUUUGAAGAGAGCACAGUGACAAAUCAGAAAUCAUUCGGUUCCGAAGAACUGGAAACGGUUAUGAACAAGGCAUUGACGAAACCGAAAGUACCGAGGAGAACUCAAUCGGAGAAGCUGAAUGAGGAAAAAAUUUCCGUAAAGUUCCGGAGAUCGGAGACGGAGAAAUGCCGGAAAGUCACAAAUCCCGGUGAUUCUGUAUCGCCGGAGACAGUUCAUGAAGUAGACGAAUUAAGCAACGAAGAGUUUCAGAAAGCCAUAGAAAAUUUCAUUGCAAAGCAAACCAAAUUUCAUCAACAAGAGAAAUUCCCCAUUGUCCUCCAUAGCCAAGCUUAA